UUGUGUGUUCCUCACAAUAAUGGGCUAUUGGAGUAACCAAGUAGAGAAACAAAAUCGAACGGCCCAAUAGAAAAUCGGUAAAAUCCAGUGAGUGCAGUAGUCGUCGGAAAGUUACUGCGAUUUAUUUCUCAAGUCACCGUUUUAGCGCCGGUGAAAUUUUCGCAACGGCCAAACAAACUCCCUCCCUCCCGAUCAACCAUCUCUCUGUAUUGAACUUUGUCAACUGUCUCCUUCCUAUCUCUCUCUCUUUUGGCAGUUCCCGAUGUUUAGUCACCACCAUUGUCAACCGGAGAUAAACUCCAAUCAGAUUGGUAGCACCGUUGGUGAAGAAGACCAUGUCUCUGCCUCCGCAGCUCACAUUCCUUACAACAAUAUGGACGAAAUCCACAACUCCAUCUAUGCUGCUGCCUCCGAUUUGAUUCCCAAUGGUGGCUCUCAGUUACUAGGAUCCCACGGAGCUAAUCAGCUGAAGAUCUCGUUCCGUGGUCAAGUUUACGUUUUCGAUGCUGUUGGUCCUCAAAAGGUCGAUGCUGCGUUGUCGCUAUUGGGUGGUUCUUCUAAGCCACAGGGGAUGGAGAUAACUCAACAGAAUCAUAUGCCUGUUGUGGAAUAUCAGAACCGGUGUAGCAAUCCGCAACGGGCGCAAUCCUUGGAUAGGUUUCGGAAGAAGAGGAAUGCUAGAUGUUUUGACAACAAAGUCAGAUAUGGUGUUCGCCAGGAAGUGGCUUUAAGAAUGCCACGUAAUAAAGGUCAAUUCUCCUCUGGGAAGAUGACCGAUGGGGUUUAUAACUCGUGUACAGAUCAAGAUUCUGCACAGGAUGAUGGCCGUCCAGAUAUAUCGUGUACUCAUUGCGGCGUUAGUUCCACAUGUACACCAAUGAUGAGACGUGGUCCUUCAGGCCCCAGAACUCUCUGCAAUGCCUGUGGACUCUUUUGGGCUGCCAGGGGUACAUUGAGGGAUCUCUCUAAGAAAACAGAAGAGAAUCAGAUGGGAAUAAUAAAAUCUGGAGAGCUUGGGAGUGAUGCCGAUGCUAACAACUCGAACUAUCAACCUGAACCUGCAACUGUCGAAGAACACUCUGCCUUCUUUUCUCUUGCUAAUGAGGAUAACUCUAAUAUGUUAGGUAAUCAUUAGAUACUGUGAUAAGAAUCAGAAGAUAGAAAACCCUUAGUAUGAUAGUUUCAGUUGCUGUUCUCUAUGAAUGUAUGUAUCUUCUCACCAUCACAUGUAUUAUAGAAACCAUAACCGAAUCUCAAAUCAAAAUUACAAUAUUAGAAAAAAAAUGUUGCAUCUGUCUUA